UAGUGCCAGCAGGGUUCUGAUUCGCUGCUUUGGGGUGCUGGGGGUGGAGUGUGAUAUCUGGGAGUGAAACCCGAGCUCUCAAAGGAGGGAGAGAACCAUUUCUUGACUGAUCUGGCUAAGCGAGGCGGGUCGACGCGAUAGUUAAAAGCUUUAGAAGUAAACAAACUUGGUUCCCUUUCGCAGAGGGGAGGCCCUAAAGGUGCGGCUGCAGGAGGAAGAUGCCGAGUAUGGACCUUCUGAUGUUGAAGGCCUUUGAGCCCUACUUCGAGAUUUUGGAAGUAUAUUCCACAAAGGCCAAGAAUUAUGUAAAUGGGCAUUGCACCAAAUACGAACCCUGGCAGCUAAUUGCAUGGAGUGUCGUGGGGACCCUGCUGAUAGUCUGGGUGUAUGAGUUUGUCUUCCAACCAGAGAGUUUAUGGUCAAGGUUUAAAAAGAGAUGCUUUAAGCUCAUCAGGAAGAUGCCUAUUAUUGGUCGCAAGAUCCAAGAUGAGUUGAACAAGGCCAAGGAUGAUAUUAGCAAGAACAUGUCAUUUAUGAAAGUGGACAAAGAGUAUGUGAAAGUUCUGCCCGCGCAAGGCCUGAGCUCAGCUGCAGUUCUGGAGAAGCUCAAGGAAUACAGCUCUAUGGAUGUUUCGUGGCAAGAAGGGAGAGCCUCCGGAGCCGUGUACAAUGGGGAGGAGAGGCUCACCGAGCUCCUGGUGAAGGCUUAUGGAGAUUUCGCAUGGAGUAACCCCCUGCAUCCAGAUAUUUUCCCAGGACUGCGGAAGAUGGAGGCAGAGAUCGUAAGGAUAACUUGUUCUUUGUUCAAUGGCGGCCCAGAUUCCUGUGGAUGUGUGACCUCUGGCGGGACAGAAAGCAUACUGAUGGCCUGCAAAGCAUAUCGGGACAUGGCCUUAGAGAAUGGGAUCAGAACUCCAGAAAUUGUGGCCCCCCAAAGUGCCCAUGCUGCAUUUGACAAAGCUGCUCAUUAUUUUGGGAUGAAGAUUGUACGGGUUCCACUGAACAAAAUGAUGGAGGUGGAUGUUCGGGCAAUGAGGAGAGCCAUCUCCAGGAACACUGCCAUGCUCGUCUGUUCUACCCCACAGUUUCCUCAUGGUGUGAUGGAUCCUGUCCCUGAAGUGGCCAAGCUGGCUGUCAAAUACAAAAUACCUCUUCAUGUAGACGCAUGUCUAGGGGGCUUCCUCAUCGUCUUUAUGGAGAAAGCAGGAUACCCACUGAAGCAGCCAUUUGACUUCCGCGUAAAGGGUGUGACUAGCAUUUCAGCGGAUACCCAUAAGUAUGGCUACGCCCCCAAAGGCUCUUCAGUGGUGUUAUACAGUGAGAAGAAGUAUAGGAGCUAUCAGUUCUUCGUUGAUCCGGACUGGCAGGGUGGCAUCUACGCUUCCCCAACCAUCGCGGGCUCACGGCCCGGUGGCAUUAGUGCAGCCUGCUGGGCCACCUUGAUGCACUUCGGUGAGAGCGGCUAUGUUGAAGCUACCAAACAGAUCAUCAAAACUACUCGCUUCCUCAAGUCAGAACUGGAAAAUAUCAAAGGCAUCUUUGUUUUUGGGGAUCCUCAAGUGUCAGUCAUUGCUCUGGGCUCCCAUGAUUUUGACAUCUACCGACUAUUUAACCUGAUGACUGCUAAGGGGUGGAACUUGAACCAGCUGCAGUUCCCGUCCAGUAUUCAUUUCUGCAUCACGUUAGUACACACUCGGAAGCGAGUAGCCAUACAGUUCCUAAAGGACAUCCGAGAAUCCGUCACUCAGAUCAUGAAGAAUCCUAAAGCAAAGACCACAGGAAUGGGCGCGAUCUAUGGCAUGGCCCAGACUGCUGUCGACAGGAACCAGGUUGCAGAAAUUUCCUCGGUCUUCUUGGACAACCUGUUCAGCACAGACACUGUAACUCAGGGCAGCCAGAUGAAUGGUUCUCCAAAACCCCGCUGAGCCCAGAGGGGCUCUGGCCUUCAGAGGGUUCUGGGGGUGUGGAAGAGACCCCACACUGGUUCAAUAUCUGGUCUCGCUCCACAGAGCACAGCGAGACGGACCACGGGACAGCUCGAUCCUCAGGAUUCGUGUUCCUCCUCCUGUCGUCCUUUUGUGGUUUUUAAUGUGAAGACCCUGAAGGGUUCUAUUAUGUAAUUAUUUUGCCAUUGUUUUAAAUGUUAUACUAGGAAUUGUUUUAACCAUUUCCUUCUCUAACCUCUCUAGCUUUCACCCUCACUUAAUCAUUGUGUGGCAGCUCUGUCCUGUCCUGAUUUCUUAGGGAAGCUGGGUUACAGUUUAUGAGAUAGAAAAAGGUUUUCUUUGUUACCGGGGAUAAGAAACAGGGAGCUUUCAUGUAACAGAAGUUUCCCUGGGUUGGUUAGGUAUACUCUAAGCAAGAGGCUUUUUCAGCCUUGGCGCUUUGAGUAGGUUAGUUGUCUCUAUUAGAGUCACUUGUAUGGCAACUUGUUUUAUUUUUCCAGGAUGCAGAUUGACCAGUUCAUUGUUAAUAUUAUGCAGAAUUGGAAGGGUCAGUCUUCCAAGGCAGGGUGUAGAGUGGUAUAGUAUCUUCUGGGGUGCAGUCCCAUUCAAUAUUUGGGGAUUCCUAUUGGAAAUUAUGCUCCCACCGGUUUGUUCUUGAACGAGGCAGGGAAUAUAUUUCCCAGAAAAUCCAGGACUUUCUGGCCUUAGUGCUGCCUCUCCGCGCUGGCAGUUUUCAGAGCACACCUGAGCCCUCUCCUGGGCUAGACAUGAUCAGAAACCAAACCCUUUUCUGUACUUUUCUGAAUAUCAGGGUAGGAUGAGCACCCAAGUCAAAUAUAUGUCACUCAAGUUGGUGGUGAUCCUCCCCUCCCCCACUGUAUAAGCCAUCAUGUAUAAGAGUAUGUUUGCUAGAAGGAACAGCUCAAAGUACUUCACAAGUUGCCUUGAUUUACCCUAGGUGGCGCAAGGAGGGCAUGGGAGAAGCCCCCAGGGCAAGGAAGAAUUUCUGUCUCCACUAGUGUGUUCUCCGUCCUCUUUCCCCUUUAUUCAGCUCCCGAAGGUACUAUGGCGAUUUAGCCUCAGGUACUGGACAUUCCCCAGCUCUGGCUAGGAUGAAACAAACAUUUUGGAAUAGGAAAAUAGGGUGGUGUCAGUUGUAGCCUAGGACCUGGGAUUUCUUCUUAAGACUAGUUGCUCAGGGUGGUGCAGGGACAGAACCAAACCCUGUGCCCACUUGCUACCUUCUUCUGCCCUGCCUGGGGCCUGGAUCUAGGCUGAGCCACUGUCCGACCCUAACGACGACAUAUUGUAUAUGUGCCUUUUUCCUCAGCAGGGAGUAGCGGUGCGCUGUUCCUCACCCAGAUCCUGGGGGUGGGAGAUCAGCCUUGGAGGCUGUCAUUUGGGUAGGGGAGCACUCGGGAUAAGUCAGGAGACACUCCUCUAUUCCAUUACCCUUCUCAGGGACUCCUGAAUAUUCAGCUUCUUCAGGCUGGUAUCCUCUCGCCUCCUUCCCUGGGUGUGCUGGCCAGGAGAGCCAAGAUGACCAUUUUUCCUAAGCUCCUUAAUUACCACGUUUGUCUGAAAUGUUCUUUAGCACUGUACUUCCUACACAAAACUGUGACUGGCCACGUCACAGCAGGCUGGUGUGUUUGUGUUUCCGUGUUUCCUCUGUUGUGGGUUCCGAGAGUGGUCGGCGUAUGUGUGUGUGAUAGAGGGAGGGGCUGAGGGCCUUUGGACGUGGAAGUUACAUUCCCUCCAGUUACUGAACUGGCGGGUACCUCCUAGGAGAGCUGUGCACAAAUCGUCUCUUGGUUUCCAGUGCAUUCCUUACGUUGGAGGAAGUCCAGGGACCCAGAACCACCCAGCAGGCACCACUGUGGUUCAUCAGCUGCUAAAAUGGAGAAGCAUGUACCCUACAGAUUGUUUUGUUGCUUCCAGUGUGUCCCCAGGACCUGCCCCUGUGCUGCGACAACUUUGCUGGGGGGGGUGGGUAGAGCUAUUUUUCAAAGGGACCUACUGUAGCCACUUUAAUUUAUGUUUACGAGCCUUAGUUUGACUAAACAUUUGUGGCUUUCCAUUCUAUGUAUCUGCAGGUAGUAACACUUAGUCUGGCAGAGGCGGGCUGGAUGUCCUAAUGAUAUCAUGCUGUUAGCAGAUGUCACGCUGGCCUCUGCAAAAACUGUGCUGUGUUGUUUCUGCAUUAGAAGUCAGUAGUCAUGUGACUAUACUGCCAUGUCACUUUUAAUAUUCCCGGUUUUAUACUUGGAAAAUGGUACUUGGCUCCUUAAAUCUUUUGUCUUUAACCUUCCCCUUCCUAUCGCAACGCUCCCUUUGUAAUUACAGCAAUAAUCUCUUAAAAAGCAAUUAAGUAAUUAAAUGUCCCAAAUCUUAAUUGUUGUGGAUGGUGGCAUUCAUUUGUUUGCUUAGAU